ACCUGCGAGCUCUUGCAAAGUUACGACCACGUGACGCAUGCUAGCCAAUCAAUGUGGGCGAAUUCUGCACGCAUGAAAUACAUGUGCGACUGGAAAUUUUAGUGCGUGUGCGAAAUUUUGCGAAACUUGACAAAAGAUUGAACUUGUGGGACUGAAGUGGAGUUGUGGUGAGAAAGGUUGUGUAAUGACACUCUAAGACAUAUCAAACGAUUUAUGAAGCACACUGAACCAACAUUUGAAUUCAUUUAAAAGAGAAGUGGGCCGAGAAGUGAUAGUAGAUAUUAUAUUUUGAUCUACACCAUGGGAAACGUCUUUGCAGCUGAGAAAACUGGAUCGACACCAGUCCCCGGUAGUCCCCCGAUGAUGGGCAUGCCUGUGCCACCCAUCUCCCCUGCUGCUGCCGCAGCGCUGGCCGCAGCAAACAAGGCCGGGAACGACCUCCCGAACCCGGGAAAUUUUGAAGAUCUUUUCAAGAAAGUUAAAGAAAUAUUUCCCACACCUCUGGAGGGAUGUAAACUUGUAGUCAACAAAGGAUUGAGUAACCAUUUCCAGGUCAGUCAUACGUUAUCAUUGUCAGCCUUCAAUCCAUCAUCAUAUCACUUCGGUUCGACAUACGUCGGAAGCAAACAGAUCAGUCCAACAGAGGCAUUUCCUGUUCUACUUGGUGAUAUAGAUACCUCAGGGAGUCUCAACGCUCAGAUCAUCCAUCAGCUUGCUGAUAGAAUACGCUCUAAAUUUGUUGUACAGACACAGCAAACCAAAUGGGGUGUAUACCAAGCUGAGCUGGAAUACAAAGGCCCGUCCUACACCGGAACACUAACCAUGGCUAACGUCGAUCCAUUAGAAGGAUCGGGUAUAGCUGUACUUCAUUAUAUGCAGAGUAUAACUAAGAGAUUGGCCUUGGGGGCGGAGCUUCUCUAUCAUUGUGGGCAGGGCCAACAAGCUACUGUAGUCUCACUAGCAGGCAAAUAUGCAACUGAUAAUUGGAUUGCUUCCAGUACUGUAGGACCAACCGCAUUCCACGCAGCUUACUAUCACAAAGGAAAAGAAGUUCAGAUUGGUGUAGAAUUUGAGAGUAAUUUAAGAGGGAGAGAGUCAUCGGUCUCACUAGGGUACCAGGUUGAUCUACCAGCUGCAAACGUUGUAUUCAAAGGCAUGGUAGACACAAAUUGGACAGUAGCAGCAGUAUUAGAGAAGAGACUUCAACCAAUGCCGUUCUCUUUUAUCUUGAGUGGUGUCAUCAACCAGUGGAAAAAUCAAUGUAGAUUUGGUUUUGGUCUUAUGAUAGGAUGAAUGCACACCCCCAUCUAAUCAAGGCUUGCUCAGACACGGCGCCACCAAGUGAUCCAACGAACCAAUGCCAUGUUUUUAUGUACUAAAUGUAUGCGAUAUCGCGGGAAUUUUUCAUGAAACAUAUAGUCAAUGAUUUUCACUGACAAAUAUACUGCUAUCCAAUCAGAUUGCAGGGAUUUUGGUGGCUUAUAAUAUUCAGUGAAAUUCAUUGAUGAAUCAUGAAACAUAUAGUCAAUUAUUUUCUCUGACAUAUUUGCUCUGAGCCAAUCAGAUUGCAAGGAUUUUGGUAGCUUAUAACAAGAGUCAGUGAAAAUUAUUAUUUGUUUUAUGAAACGAAUUUGCUCUGAACCAAUCUGAUUGCAGGGCUUUUGGUAGUUUAUAACAGUAUUCAGUAAAAAUCAUUGAUUAUUUGUUUUAUGAAACAUGUCAGAGAUAUUCAUUGACAAAUUUGCUCUGGACCAAUCAGAUUGCAGUGAUUUUGGUAGCUUAUAACAAUUUCAUUGAUUGUUUAUUUCAUGAAACAUAUAGUCAGAGAUAUUCAUUGACAAAUUUGCUCUGGACCAAUCAGAUUGCAGGGAUUUUAGUAGCUUGUAACAAGAGUCAGUGAAUAAUCAAUGACUAUUUGCCUCAUGAAAUGUUUCCAAUGAGACAAGAUUAAAGAGACAGUGACAAGAUGACAGUUUUGUCAAAGUUUAAAGGAAACCAAAACCCAAGAAGAGAAGCAACCUUAUUGGAAAGAGUAAAAUGAGAGGAACAAUAACAAAAAACAGUUUCAUCAAAAUCGGUUAUGAAAUAAGCAAGUUAUGGACGUUUAAAAAGUCUUGUUCUACUUUCUAUGGGAUCCUCAAAUUGGCAAAAGUGCUUCAAAAUGGCUGAUUUGGUGGACAAAUCUCCAUUUGUUUUGUACACAAAUUUCCAGAUUUUCCCCUUUAUUUUACAUAUUUCACAUUAUCUCCUCCUGACCUCAACAUAUGUGGUGUGAAUUAUACUUUCCCAUGACAUAUGUUGUGCUCAGAAGGAGGCAAGAUGCAAUUUGAAGGAUAAUGAGGAAAAUCUGUGUACAAAACAAAUGGAGAGCUUCUCUUCUUGGGUUUUGGUUUCCUUUAAAUGCUUGGACCAAUCCUAAUGUUAUAGUCACACCAAUGAAUCUGCUUCAGACCGACCAAAUCUAUUACAUUAAUUUCAAUGACAAACCGUUGGUUGAUUUGGAGUCGGUUAUGUUAGCUUUAAGAGUGUAAUUGCAAAAUUAUAUUUCAGUUCUAUGGCCCGUUUCAUGAAGAGUUAAAACUGUUGUAACUGCCAUUAUGGCGACUACCAUGGGAACCUUGCUUUUGAUUGGCUGCUGAGCCCUGUUGCCAUGGUAGUUGCCAUAAUGGUAAAGUUACAACAGUUGUAACUCUUUAUGAAACGGGCCCCAGGUUUGCAAUCACAGAUGGAAUAUUUAUACAUUUGAUGUGUAUGUGCUUUUAUUGAUUGAGAAGGGUGGUAUGUCUUGUCACGUCUGAACGCAUUAUUUCAUCGGUUUGUUGCAGCGAUUUGUUGCGCCAUGUCUGAACAAGCCUUUAGAGAUUCACUAAUUUUGUUUAUCUAGUUACAAUAUGGAAUCCAUUAUAUUGUUUUGUGAGUGGCUUUUGGAGCCGUAUCCGCCAUGUUGUAUCCAAUCAGAACCCUGUUGGCAAAUGUUCCUAUAUUGUGGCUCCGUGCAAAAGGAUGUUAUAGCUCCAGCCCUUACUCCUAUUUGAAUUUCAAUUCCAUCAAAUUAUUCAUGAUUAUUGUCACCUGGGGAGCGUUCAUGACAGGACCUGUCACAUUUUUCAUCCGACGGUUGCCAUGGUAAAAAAUGCUUCUCGGCCAAUCAUUAUCAAGAUCUGACAACUUGUCUGAUGAAAAAUAAAAAUAUUGGUGAAAACAUUCACCAUGGCCCUGUCUUACGAAGAGUCACAGUUGAUCCGAUCCAUCUCAAGUCUGGAAAUCCAUCAAUGUCAUAAUUUUUUUCUUUUUAGGAAAUUCGCUCAAUUUUCUUUGAAAACAAAAUGAAGCAUACUGAAUUGUCACGAAAACAGUGAAUGCCCAUGAUAAGAUGAGAAUAUCAUCACGUUUCCUGGGUUGGGGGAGGGGGGGGUAUUUCAAAGAGCCUUUUUGUUAAAAUGUGUAUGAUUUUUUUAAGGGGGGGGGGAUUAAUUGCAGGUCAAAUGGGUAUCUCAAUUUUGAUAUGACCCUAUGUCAGUAUUGUGUGAAAAUGUGUCAAAUUGAAUCAAUUGAUAAUUAAGGCUAUUUAAUAUUGAUAUUUAUAUUUUUUACAUCAUUUGCAUUUGGAAACUCAUUCAAGAAAGUUGGUCAUUGGAAGAAAAGCGCUCACCCUGUAACAGAAAUUUCACUUUGUCACUUAUUUGAUAGAAAAUAUGUGGGUGUGUGAUGUCAUCGGUGCACUCAUUAACAUGCGUUCCAAUGAUGUGUAUAUACAGGUAACUGUUUGUGCAGCUAGGAAUUGAAGUGUGAUUUGAAAAUUAUUGCACCUGAUGACAUCCCUCUUUCAUGAGUUUCCAUUUUCCUUUAUUUAUGUCUAUUCAGGGUACUAAAUGCAAUGAAAACCCAGAUCAUUUGAAUUAUUGAGUAUUAUCAAUAUCGUGUAAAUGUCAACAAAAGUGAAGAAAAAUUAAAAUAGAUUAAGAGCACUUUAAAGUUUGUAUCCCCAACACAGCAACAUUUGCUGUAUUUGUAUCGGCUUGAGCCAAUUGGGUCAAUAUUUACAUUAAAAUAUUAAUUGUUAUUUGAUUAUCAGACAACUAUGACCAUGUCCUUAUACAUGUAGCCACAGAGAUUGAGUUUUAUGUAUUAAAAUAUGGGGAGUUUUACAAUAACAUUUCAAUUUUUUAUGUUUGGUAAUAAGGAGCUAUUUGUUUUGUUAACAGGUCCAUCAUUACCUCAGUGUUAUGUUUUGAAUGUUACUAUUAGUUGAAACAUUACAUUCAUGAGUGAGGUUGGAGCCGAUUUUCCUAGCAUCAUUAAUUUACAAAUGAUGUGUACUAUUAUAGUGUAUAAACUAUCAUUUUUGGAUGUAUUUUAUAUUCUGUAAAUGAAUUUGGUUGCUCCCAAGAGCAACCAGUUAAAAUAAAACAAGAUUAUGAACUGUUCAUAAAAUGGUC